GUGCUUCGCCUUAAAAAGUGAGAGAGCUGCUCGGGAGCGCCGGAAAACCGCGAGGAGCUGUCUCCGUUACGCAUGGUGCUGAAAGUGCCGCAUCAUGUGGUCGGUCUUCUUUGUCUUUCUGUCAUAUCUUGACAGAAACUUCGUCAAGGGCGACCUAUUGAGUCGCGCUUUGGACGCAGAGAAGGAGAGCAAGGAGAUGUUCUCCAUGCUCAACGGCACCUUUUGUGCCAAAAUGUCAACCGUGCGGGAGAGCUUCCUCUACCAGGUGUCAGACGGAGCCGAGAUGGUGCGAUCCGUCGUCAGCCCCGCCGGGAGGCUCGGGGACUGUUCCGUCAUAGCGAACAAGACACAGGUGAAGUCGUUCAUGCACGAGUGCAGGUUGGGACUGAAAGAACAUAGAGCCGGGCGGCAGCUGGAGACGCGUUUUGCGCGCAUGGAUGAAGCCAAGCUGAUGUGCGGGGAGUUUAAAGAGAGGUCGGAGCGCAGAGGCAAUGUGAGGGGGGGUGGCAGUGAUGACUCUGCGGUGCGGGACGAGGUUUUAAAAAGAUCCAAGAGAGGCUUCACUUAUCCUGGGACCCUAUGGUGUGGAGCUGGAAACAUGGCUGAUCAUUAUGGCCAGCUGGGAGAAUUUGCAGAGACCGACAGCUGCUGCCGAAUCCAUGACCACUGCCCUCACGUCAUCCACGCCUUCUCCUCCAAUUAUGGACACACUAAUUUCAAGUGGCACUCCAUCUGUCAUUGUGACUGUGAUGAAACAUUGAAAGGUUGCCUUCGGAAAGUCAACGACACAUCUUCCAGGGUAGUCGGUCAAGCGUUCUUCAAUGUCAUUGGUGUGCCUUGCUUUGAGUUUGCUUAUGAAGAUCAGUGUGCAGAGCGGCACUGGUACGGCCUGUGUAAACGUUAUGAGAAGUUUCCCAUUGCUGUGCUGAAAGAGGCGGUCCCGUACGACUUUGGCGGUAUCGACAUUAUUGAUGAGCUGACGGUGGCUCCGGCCAAGAAGGAAGACUCCAAGAAGAGCCAGGAAGAGAAACCGGAGAGUACAACAAUGUCUGGCCCUGAAGAACCUUCUCUCAGAAACGUUGUCACCGCUGCCGAGGACUUCAUCAAGGUCCUUGCCACUGUCUCCACCUCUCAAAGCUCCACCACCGACUCCAAAAAAGGUGAGACGCAAAGCUCAGAGAAGAAGAAGAAGAGGAAGAACACAGGGAAGAAGAAGAAAACCACCAAAAAGCCAAAAGGAAAGGGAAAGGGACAGGGGAGGAAGAGAAAGCAGAAAGCAGAGGAAGGUGCUGCAGUUUCGCCCUCUGGCAGCAAAGCAGAAGAAGUCAUCAAUCUAAGUAACUUCAUUGGUGAGUCACACAAACACGAGGAGUCAACUAGAAACACAAACAUAGUCGAUGACGGUGAAUAUAAGCUCGCAGGAAAAGACGAGCCCCUAAAUGAAGUCAUGAAAGAUGAACCAGCGAUAGAUAAGGAGACCGUUUCCAUUAUGUCACCCUCAACAGUGCAGAUGAAACCAGCAGAGUCUACGCCAACAACCAUGAGGACUGUUAGUCCACAUGAAGGACACAUCAGAAGGCUCAGAAAGGAAAGGAGAAAAAAGAGCAAGAAAAUCACUCUUCCUCCUUCUGCAGAGCUCGAAACGAACACAACAGACAACUUAAAACCUGAUUUUCCCCCCACCAUCAUCACCAAAACCCCAACAGCACAGCCGGAACAACAAAGCCCUGUUGUCAGCCCUGCCAGUACCCCCAUUAUAAUCCCCAAAGUCAAAAGGAACAGGUCAAAGGAGAGAGGAGACAGAGAGGGGAGGAAAAAAAGGAGGAAACUCAGCUCCGCUUCUUCCAUUGUUGCCUCUGCCCAUGAAAAUUCCUCCGUGGGCAAUCUGAAAGUAAUCCCACUCAGCAGGGCUCCCACCGUACCAUUGGUGCCCAUCCCAGAGCGGAAGGUGUCACACAGGAUGGACGCUAUGAACAUCAGUGUUUUGAAAAGGCAAAAGCCAAAAGGGUUGAAAAGCAGAAGGAGGAAAACAGUUUGGCCUCCUUCAAGUGAAAAUCCCCUUUUCCACAACGGCUCUGAAAGUGUGAUUCCUAUUCUUACAACUCAAGAGAAACGCGAUGCACUGAACAGCCCUGCAACCACUUCUGCAGGAGAAACAGACAGUCACAGUGAAUGGAGGCUUUUUACAGCUACCACAGCAGCCCUUUCUAUCAUUACAAAACGACACAGGCAGACAAUCAGACAGCAGAGAAAACCAAGAAAGAAAGCCAUUGCGGCUUCUCUCAGAGACGGAGCUUCUAUCCCGAAACAAACUGAACAAACACCAAUUACUUUUACAUCCAUGCCACCCAAAGUCGCCACCACUGGAGAGGUCAAUGUAAACAUCAAGGAAAAAUCCUGCGGGACCACCUCAGCAACUCCCGUCAUGAGUCCGAUUCAGGUAUCAAUUGAGAGAGCAAACGCUCAAUUCACCAGGAAGAAGAGGAGGAAAGCAGCACUGUCUGUGAGACAACAGUGAGCCAUGGGGUGAGGCAGGAUAGGCUGAAAGAAAACUUAGCUGGCUAGACUCGCUCCUACAUCAAAAUAUUUACAGUAUAAUCAUUUCUGCUUCAACAUUUAACACAGAAAUGGAUAAAAAAAUCAUGUUUGAUUGUAAUGUGAGAAUCAUGUUUUGUAAUAUUGUUUUCUGCAUGUCGAUAAUAUAAUUUACGAAUGAUUAGUCUAUGUGAAUAUAUCUACCAGUGCCUAUGUUUUUAUCUAGUGUUGGAAUAAACAAAAUAAACAACUGU